AGAGAGUGAGCCCGUUUGCGGUCUCUUCUUCUCUGCCUCACGCACACGCAGUCCGAGUGGGGAAGUCGCACAGAUAGGACGCCUCCGUGCGUGCAGCCGCGCAGCGCCCAUCAGCGACCGCCCUGUGUGUGUCUUCAGUGACAUCGCAAGUACAAGUCUUCAAGUGAUUACAACGACAUCGAGUAUCUCCUGUUGAGCCACCAUGCCAUUCCAAUGUGGCCUGUGCAACAAUGAGUUUUCUACUCAAAGCAAAUACGCCACUCACAUGAGAAUCCACACCGUAGAGAAGUCGUUCGAGUGUACAAUCUGCAACAAGAAAUUUACAACAAAGGGGUCGUGGCACCUACACAUGCAGGUUCAUACGGGGGAGUCGCCCUUUAAGUGUGCAUUCUGCAACAAGUUAUGUAUGGGAAGUGGCCCACUGCGCGAUCAUCUUCGGACCCACACAGGAGAAAGGCCCUUUGAGUGUACAAUGUGCCAAAUGGCAUUUUCGCAGAAGAGCCAAAUGACCCGACACCUCCGGACCCACACAGGAGAGAAGCCCUUCGCCUGUACAAUCUGCAGUAGGAAAUUUUCAGAAGCCAUCUCCUUGCGCGUACAUAUCCGGACGCAUACAGGGGAGAAGCCGGAGAAGCUCUACGAAUGUACAAUAUGCAAGAAGAAAUUUGCACAGAGGGGCCACUUGAGCCUGCAUCUCAGGACCCACACAGGAGAGACGCCCUUUGAGUGUACAAUCUGCAACAAGAAAUUUAAAACAGGUUUGCGUAGACAUCUUCGCACGCACACGCAAGAGAGGCCCUUUGAGUGUUCACUUUGCAACAAGAAAUUUAGAGAAAAGGGACACUUGCUUCAACACCUGUCGACCCACACAGGAGAGAAGCCCUUCGAGUGUUCAAUCUGCAACAAGAAAUUUCCAAGAAAUGGAUAUUUGCAAAUACACCUCGAGAGACACAAAGGAGAGAAACCUGUCGAGUGUUUCAUCUGCAACAAAAAAUUUGCAAUCAAUUUACAGCUGCGCGUACACCUCCGGAAUAACCAUACAGGAGAGAAGCCGCACAAGUGUACAAUAUGCGAGAUGACAUUUAAAAUGAAGGGCACCUUGAACAGACACCUCCGGACCCACACAGGAGAGAAGCCCUUCGAGUGCACAAUCUGCAACAAUAAAUUUGCAAGUACCACCACUUUACGCGCACAUCUCCGGACCCACACAGGCGAGACCCCAUAUGAGUGCACAAUCUGCAACAAGAAAUUUAAGUUUAGUGACAAUCUGCGCGCACAUCUGCGGAUCCACACGGGAGAGCGGCCCUACGAGUGUACACUCUGCCCCAAGAAAUUUGCACAACAGUCAUCUUUGGACUCACAUGGCUGGAGCCACACAGGCGUGAGGCCCUUUAAAUGUACCGUCUGUAACAAGACAUUUGCAAGAAGUAGCGCAUUGCUCAAACAUCUCUUGGUCCAUAUCCAAUAGAACCGCACUUCUAGUGAACAAUCUCAUCAAUAAAUUUGCGCAUAAUAAGUAUAGUCAAAAGUCAUGCACACCUGUAGGAAACCCCUCUCACAAUAGUAAAGGUCUGAACUGGAAGACUUAUAACGGUGCGCGUGCUUUGUUUGAAAACUCCCAGCUAAUCGGAAAAAGGGGGCAAUAUGAAAACUGAAUCUUGUUUAUAAUUAUUCAAAUAAGUGCAUCUUGUGAAUUAGGAAAUGUGUGUGAUCUUCUGUUUUGUAAAAAAAAAAAAUAAAAAAAAAAAAAA